GCUUCUUAGCUUUAUCUAAAGCUACUUUUAUUUCUAAGAAAUAUACAGCGAAACUCGAAUUCAAUGAUAAGAAGUCAAACUAUGAACUUUUCGGGGAACACAAUGCUCAUUCCUUGAUCGAGUGCGCCACAAUCUGUCAAAGGGAGUGCAGCUUCUUUGGCUUUAACUCACAAACGAAGAAAUGCCGUACCCACAAGGAAAGUCUUACAUCUGGGCUGUCUGAUGAGACCGGUUGGAGAUACUACUCGGAUAACGAUUUUUCUAGCUUGCCCAAAGAUUGCAAGGAUCUUCGAGAAAACGGACAAACCAUCACAGGGGUGUAUGAUAUAUACCCCUACAGUACAUUAAUAAUGCCAAUAAAUGUUUACUGCGAUAUGACCACAAAUGGUGGGGGAUGGACGGCCAUUCAGAAACGCGUAGACGGAUCCGUGAUCUUUGACAGAAACUGGACGGAAUAUAAAAAUGGUUUCGGUUCACCGGAACAGAAUGUCUGGGUUGGAAAUGACGUAAUCCAUCAAUUAACAAAAGAAAACUCAUCAUCCCUUUAUGUGUCUAUCACUCUCGAGAAUGGUACAACGCUGUAUGAAAUGUAUGAUGGAUUCUCUGUCUCCGACGAAGCUGGAAAAUAUCAACUCUUUCUUGCAGGACCUGCCACGGGGACCCUAGGAGACAGUAUGUUGGACACCGGUAAUCGUAACAGAGAUCUGUCUGGGAUGUCCUUCUCCACCCCAGACAAAGAUAACGACGGAGAAAGUGGAUUUAACUGUGCUGCUGACAGUACCCGUAGAGGAGGCUGGUGGUUCAAUAUCUGUCACCGCGCCUUCCUUAAUGGUCAAUGGUCCCCGGGAGUCUGGUAUCCAUGGUAUCCUACAGUAACGAGUGGGACGUCAGUGAUAGGGACCACCAUGAUGAUCAGACGUAACUAG